CAAGCAGUGAGUAGGCAGCCCAGUAGAUUGAAAACUAGAAUGCCGUAACUGAGGAUGCUACCACGCCCCCUAUUCCUUAAUUUGACAUGUAAGGUACAACUCCACUGGUAAAGCGGACACAGUAACGUGAGGCGCCUACCAUAUAAUCAAAUUCAUAAACGUGAGGCACCUCUCCCUCUCUCUCUCAUUCUCAAUUCCCACAUUCAGUCAUUUGUUUUUAAGAUUGGCCUGAAUUUAUUGCCGGAAAAUCUCUCAUGGGUGAAGUUCCGGCGACUCGACACUUUGUUCUAGUCCAUGGGUUCUGUCAUGGGGCUUGGUGUUGGUAUAAAACUGCCUCUCUCUUGAAGAAUUCCGGCUUCAAAGUAACCGCAGUCGACCUGGGUGGUGCAGGAAUAGAUCCCGGAAAUUCCAAUUCCAUUCUUCAAUUCGACGAGUACAAUAAGCCCCUCAUCGAUCUCCUCUCUGCAAUCCCUGAGGAUGAAAAGGUAAUAUUGGUUGGGCAUAGUGCUGGUGGGUUGAGCUUAAUCCAUGCCACUCGUGUGUUUGGGAAGAGGAAAAUAAGCCUUUGUAUACACAUCGCUGCCAUCAUGUUGAGAAACGGCUUUAUGACUGAUGAAGAUCUUCAAUCUAUUCCAAACCUUGCUGAUUUGUUUGACUACAACUAUGGGCUUGGGCUGGAUCAGCCUCCUACAAGUGGCAUUUUUAAGCCUGAAUUGCAACGAAAACUUCUUUCUCAAUGCAGCCCAGAUGAGGACUUCACCUUAGCUUCCAUGCUUUUGAGGCCAGGUCCAACAGCUGUAUUCAGUGCAAAAUUUGAGGACAAUUCAGGGGACAUUGAUAAGGUGAACCGUGUUUAUUUAAAGAUGACCAAAGACCAGGCCUUGAAGCCAAAUGAACAUCAAGAACUGAUGAUCAAAAGAUGGCCACCAAAUGAGGUCAUGUGCAUUGACACUGACCAUAGUCCAUUCUUCUCUGCUCCCAAUGAGUUGCACAACUUGUUGGUUAAGGCCUCCACUGUGUAUUGUGGCUAAGAAACUCAAUCAAGAGUUUUGUGUUUUCGUUUUUUAUUUGUUGAAGUUAACCUAAGAAACUCAGUGAAGAGUUAGGGGAUGAAGUUGGUUACUACUAUGAUAGACAGUGUAUUAAUAUUGGAGAGGAUUGAGGUUAUCUAAGUGGGAAGGAGCCUAGGGGUUCCACAUCAGCUUCUUUUUAUUAUUUAAAUAUAUUAUAACCGGUUUGGAGCGCA